ACAGACACACACACACAUACUGGAGUAUCCAGUUAAACUCACUUGGCUACUUUGCUCAAACCUUCAUUCACACACACUUACAACUUAGAAGAGGUGGUCAUCAUCAAGUCAGAAACCAACACGCAUUCGCUCCUACACUUGCUCACACACUCACACACACACACGCUUACUUACACACUCACACACUUACACACUCACACACACGCUUACUUACACUCUACACACACUUACACACUUGCACACACUUACACACUCGGACACACACGCUUACUUACACACACUCACACACACACUUGAGUGGAUUUACAGAAGGAAUUGAAACCUAGCCCAGAGGAGAGCAGAUUCACACACGGGGAACGACAAACAAAGCAGGGUGUGUGAUGGCCGAACUCGGACCUGAGCUGUUCUCCGAGCAGGAGCUGACGUGUUCCAUCUGUUUGGACCUGUUCAGCGAGCCCGUGUCCACGCCGUGCGGUCACAACUUCUGCCAGAGCUGCAUCGGAGGUUACUGGGCCUCCAGCGCCGAGUGCACGUGUCCGCUGUGUAAGCGGCCCUUUGAUGGGCGGCCGGAGCUCAGCAUCAACCGUGUGUUCGCUCACAUCGCGCAGAAGUACAAGGAGAUGCGCUACGGAGGGCCUCCGCCCGUCAAACCGCGGCAGAAGAUCCCAGCUGCCACUGCAGCAGCAGGAGGAGUUUCGCUGCAGAACGGAACCAAAACCCCGGACAUCCCGUGUGACAUGUGCACCGGCAGGAAGGAGCGAGCCGUGAGCUCGUGUCUCACCUGCAUCGCCUCGUACUGCGAGACGCACGUGCAGCCGCACCGCACGACGGCGUUCUACGCCUCGCACCGACUCCUGGACCCACACGAGGCACUGCAGGGACGCACGUGUCGCGAACACGGGCGGCUGCUGGAGGUGUUCUGCCGCACGGACCAGCGCUGCAUCUGCGCCAUCUGUGUGCUGGAGGAACACCGAACUCACGCCACCGUGUCUGUGCAGACCGAGCGCGCCGUCAAACAGAGGAUGCUCGGGAAAACCGAACUGGACAUCCAGACGUCCAUCGAGAGGCGAGGGCUGCAUCUCACAGAACUCAAAGAAAGACUGCAGUUCCUCAGGAACUACGCCCAGGCCGAGGUCUCCGAGGUGGAGCAGUUCCUCUCUGAUGUCACUCAGUCGGUGGAGCGAAUCCGCAGGGAGCUGGUUGGCGGGAUCGAAGACAAGCGAGACUCCGUGAUUGGCCAAGGGGAGAGGAUCGUGUCACAGUUGGAGGCGGAGCUAGGCGAGCUGCAGGAGCGCAGGGCUCGGCUGGCGGUUCAGGCCACAUCAGAAGACCACAUCGGCUUCCUGCAGAGCUUUGAGGAGGUGAACGCUCCGUAUCAGGACACCACGACACUCAACGGCGAUCCUGAUCUGGAGUUACACUUUUCUCUCGGGGAGGUGAAGAGCGCACUGGGCGAGAUACGAGAGAGACUGGACGACAUCCACAUGGGCGAAGUUCACUACAGACACUCAAUGUUGACACUGCACGAGACGGACAGCAUGAUGAGCAUCAGGUCCAAUAAGAAGAAGGACUUUUCACUGAAAGAUCUGCGGAAGUUCAAGUCAGGAUCCAGUAUCAAAAAGGUCAGAGUUUAUUUAGAGGAAGUGUCGUUAAACCCUGUGACAGCGUAUCCCUUCCUCAUCCUCUCAGACGACAGGAAGCAGCUGAAGCGUGGAGAGAAGCUGCAGUUCUUCAGGAACAGCACUCAGAGAUUUGAUGUGUGGAGCUGCAUUACAGCUAAAGAGGGAUACGAUACAGGACGCCACUACUGGGAGGUGAGUGUUGGUGACAAUAAAGACUGGAAAGUUGGCGUGGUGAGAGACUCCGCCCAGAGGAAGGGGCUGUUCGAUAUGAGCCCCAGAAACGGUUACUAUGUGCUGUGGUGGAGCACAAACCAUUUGCAAGCGCUCACGUCCCCGCCCCUGACCAAGGUGAAGAUGAAUGGCCGCCUGCGUUAUCUGGGCGUAUACCUGGACUGUGAUGAGGGUCAUGUGACCUUCUACAAUGCCAAGACAGGCUCUGAGAUUUACUCGUUCACUUCAGAAGGAGCAUUUGGCGAAAGGAUGUUCCCUCUGUUCGGCACGUCCGAUAAAGAAGUACCACUAAUGCUACCAGGUGCACCAGCACACACGUAUGAGUGAGGAAACAAGGGGAGAAGAAGUGAGAGAAACAGAAACCAGGUGGGAAAGGAAAGAGGAAAUAAGUGAAAGAGAAAAGUGCAUAGUAUGAAAGCAGCCAAAGAGAAGAGAAGGGAUGAGACACCAAUCUCUCACAGGGUAACACACACACAACAACAACAACAAAGUAAAAAAAAAAUAAAAUAAAUGUAUGGCCCAAAAUAAUUAAAAGGGGAGUACAGAUAAAAAUCUUAACAAUGUUCUUAAUAUUAUUCAUUCUUUACAACAACAGAAAUAAUUUUUUUUAAAUGCCUCAGAACUAAUGUUGAGUUUAAAAUCAGGAGGAAGUGUGGAGUGUGUAAAAUGAUUUUAAAAUCAGAAAGAAGAAAAAGUCUUCUAAAGACAACAGGACAUGGGUUUAAUCAGCCUGUGCGCCUGCGCCUGCUCCUGCGGUCCUGAGUGUACACAGUCAGUGUUCAGUGUGUAUUUAGUUCAGUGUGUGUGUGUGUGUGUGUGUGUGUGUGUGUGUGUGUGUGUGUGUGUGUGUAGGACAGAUGAAAUAAACCCUGAUGAGGUGUAUCGUGGAUUCGGGUCACUCACACUGCCUUUUAAAAAUAUUUUUUAUUUAUGAUAAAAAUGGUUUUGGGGUUGAUUUUGUUUUCUCUUGAUUUAUGACAGUGAUGUUACACUAAAUAAACUUGUAACAAACAACAUACUUGUAAUAAAUAAAUAAACUAUGAAACAUU